UCAUGGCAGCGGACAUCUGUGUGGGGUGACAGUCGUUUGCCUUUCACACAAUAAGGAAGUUGAGGACAUGUCGCUGAGCUGAAGUCCAAAUCAGCCACGGAACCGUCGACUUCUCCAGCCGAGAUUCCUGACGGUGCCUCACAUGUUAGCUAUGUAUUGUCCGGCUAAAGAUUUCCCUGCAGCUUCCUCUGAAAUCCAGAUCAGCACUCAACCUCUUCCCAUCAGUCUCUUCAGCAUGAGCUCAUAUUAGCUGGUGUCACUGUGAUUGUCAGAACCUCAGUCUAAAUAUGGCUCCUGUUCCACCUGGCAUCCGUCUGUUGGUUUCCUUCGACAGGAACCAGUGGUACAAAGCUCUCACCUUUAUCCUCACCUUCCUGCUCUACACCAGUUUCCACCUCUCCAGGAAACCCAUUAGCAUUGUCAAGAGUGAGCUUCAUAAGAACUGCUCACCUGUCAGUGAGUUGUCUACAGUGUCCUCCAGCAGCCAGCAAGCCUCUCUGCCCUCUCUCCACACAGACAUGGACUGCAGCUGGAAGCCUUUUGAUAAAAGAAACUACAAACAGCUGCUGGGAGCCAUGGACUACUCCUUCCUCUGUGCCUAUGCUGUCGGAAUGUACCUCAGUGGCAUCAUUGGGGAACGUUUGCCUAUUCGACUGUACCUGACUGUGGGCAUGCUGACCAGUGGCCUGUUCACCUGCUUGUUUGGACUGGGUUAUAUCUAUAACAUCCACAGCCUUGGCUUCUAUAUAUCUGUCCAGGUAGCCAACGGGUUGGUCCAAACCACUGGCUGGCCCAGUGUGGUGACCUGCAUCGGCAACUGGUUUGGAAAAGGAAGGCUUGGACUCAUCAUGGGGGUGUGGAACUCCCACACCUCAGUAGGAAACAUUCUGGGUUCUCUGAUCGCUGGUUACUGGGUCUCCUCCAACUGGGGCAUGUCGUUCAUCAUACCCGGGAUCAUCAUUGCAGCCAUGGGGAUUGUCUGCUUCCUCUUCCUAAUUGAGCAUCCUAAUGACCUUCAAAACAUUUCCCCUUGCAAUAAUCUUCCAACUCAGAGUUGGAAUCAAAUAAAUGGACACACGGAGCUUUAUCUGCAGUACAAGGACAAGAAAACCCAGGUACACUACUAUAACAUGGAUAGUGUUGAAAACAGGAAGAGCUGUGACACAGAGUUGCUGUUGCCCAGGGACAAAGUCUGCGUCGCUGUGCAACCGGUUGUGGUGGUAAAGAGCGAAUCAGCGCCAUCCGCCAUCAGCUUCAUGGGAGCAUUACAAAUACCAGGGGUGAUCGAGUUCUCCCUGUGUCUGCUGUUUGCCAAGCUGGUCAGUUACACCUUCCUCUUCUGGCUCCCACUCUACAUCACUAAAGCGGCUCACCUUGAUGCCAAGAGAGCUGGAGAUCUCUCCACUUUGUUCGAUGUGGGAGGAAUUGUGGGGGGAAUCUUGGCUGGAGUGAUCUCUGAUAGGAAGGGGAAGAGAGCCACCACAUGUGCAGUCAUGUUGCUGUUAGCUGCUCCCACUCUGUAUGGCUUCUCCAUGAUCAGCGAGUUUGGCCUGGGGCCAACCAUCAUUAUGCUGCUGGUUUGUGGCGGUCUUGUUAAUGGACCAUAUGCCCUCAUCACAACUGCAGUGUCUGCUGAUUUGGGAACACAUAAGAGCCUAAAAGGCAACGCCAGAGCAUUGUCCACUGUCACUGCCAUCAUUGAUGGCACAGGAUCUGUAGGUGCAGCACUGGGCCCUCUGCUGGCUGGCUUGUUGUCUGCUGGAGGCUGGGAUCAAGUCUUCUACAUGCUGAUGGCGGCAGACUUCUGUGCUUUGUUGCUUUUGCUACGACUUGUGAAAAAGGAGCUUGACUCAACUAAAUCCCAUCCCAUAUCCACUGUAGAGCUGAAGGAACACUGAACAACCGGCAGGCAUUCAUGUGUCCAUAUAUACACACUACAGCUACAAUGGUUUACUGUAAAUGAGGAGGAGAAGGAGCUGAAGCUGGACAUCUGAGUGAUGUGAAAUUUGAUAAUCUGCACAAACUGUACUUGCACACAGAUAUGCACAAUCACUCAACUUUCUUUUCUCUGUCUCAUCUCUUUCCUUUUCCACCUGUUUCUUAAACACACUGCUCUAAUGCUCAACAGAUACUGGAUGUAAAAAUUAGCCUUACUUUGACAUGUUUAUUUAUUAUUAUAUUAUUAAGGUAUGAGAAAAUUAUGGGUAAGAUUUAUUUUGGUAGCCCUUGAUUGUGUUCUAAUGAAUCCUAAUGUAGCAACAGGUAACAGCAGGUAACCCUGCCUGUCAAUUUUACCUGUAAGCUGUUAUUUCUCAUUUUAUACGAAAUACAGCUUCACAGUGGUAUCUACCCUGUGUCAGACCUUUCAACCACUGCCAUAUUUUUAAUGAAGUCAAACAGGUCUUGUUCUUCGUUCUUUGACACCUUGAAAAAUGACUCAAUCCAAACCAGGGCUUUCAGGAUGGAUUAAAAUGGGUUUUGUCAGAAGUGGAUUUAUCUUCAGCAAAAAUGGCAACAGAAAAUAGCCACUAAAUGUUCAGACUCGUCAUACUGUAAGUCAACUUGCCACACAAAAAACAACUCAUAAAAUGAUAUCUCUUCACAUUAUGAUGUGAAAAUCUUCCCAACUAAAAAGUCCCACCUCUGCAUUUAAUGCAUCCUUAUUACACACACAGACUGGGCACAGGAGCAUUGGGCAGCACUAAUCUGUGCUUGGAGAGCUAUGGGGGAUUGGGUGCCUUGGUCAGGGGCACCCCAGCCAUUUACCCAUGCUGAGAUUUGAACUGGCAACUUUCCAAUUUCUUUCUUCUUGGCCAUGGGACUGCCAUGUUUGCCAUAUUUGGCCUGUGGGGCAGUGAUUUGAUUUGGUGUAGGUUCAGCAAUGGUAUGAGGUCAGUUGACUUCCUACAUACAGUGAAUGACUAGGUUUUCCAGGCAUAUUCCAAGAUGGUAAUGCCAGGAUUCAUUGUACUCAAAUUGUGAAAAGAAAAAUGAGCCCAGGCCCCACUGAGAGUCUUUUAGAUGUGCCAGAGAAAACUUAAAUAUAGCAGUCCAACUUUAUCAUAAAUACAAGAUCUUUCUGAAAAAAACAAAUGCAACUGAGGAUUGAAAUAAAUGUUGUUACUUUGCUUAAGCUCAUUGUAGCGAUGCCAUUGCAAAUGCAGUCCGUAAUCAAAGUAAACAAACUCGAAGUGUAUCUUUUUAACUUUUUUGGUUGUGUAGUGUAUUUAUUUAGUGGGACAGAUGCACAUUUGUCAAGAAAUUAAGACAAAUUUUAGUUCAUGUUGAGUGUUUUAUUACACCUGGUCUAAUUUAAUGUGAAACAGUGCUGCUAAAAUCCUGUUAUUAGCUGCUGUAGACCAGGACCUUGCUACAGAGAUAUGUAUGUAUGUUUAGUCUGAUAUAAAUGAGAGACUUUUAUAUCUUUCACUGACGGGUUAUUUAAGCCCCAAACAUUAGCCACCUUACACGUAUACCACUAUCUCAGAAGUGCAACUUCUAGUUCCAACGGAGCAAAUAGUGACACCUGCUGACCAGCAGCACUAAACAGCUCUCUGUUUCCAGGCUGCAAUUGCAUUUUUUUACUGUCCUUGUAUGUGUUGAAUAAUUCCACAAGGCAUAUUUAACAAUGCAGUUUACAAGGUUUGCUACAGAGGCUCAGUCUUGUUAAGGUCAUUGCAAAUAUGUCCCAUUGAAAUUCAACAUUCAAUAUAGAUAUCUAUCUAGUCUUUGUGAAACCUGCCACAAUGUGAACCUGAAUCCCUGUGGACUGUUGCAAUCGAUUUGUUCCUGAUAUUAUUCAGUGGACUAUCAGUGAAAAAUAUUCAGAAUGGUGUGUACUAUAGAGAGGUAAGAAAGGACAUGUCUGGCCACCAUGAAAGCUAAUCUUUUACAAAACACGUUCACUUUAAAGCCUGAAGAAGAAGUAUAUCUCCUUUCAGAUUUGGUUUUGUAAAGUUUGCGACACCUCUAUUCUACAGCGUGUGAGGUGAAUGGAGUGAUGUAGCGUGGAACUGUUGCUGUUGUUAUGGAAUAUAAGUGACACAAAUAAGCUUGUUUAAGAGGUUGCCAGAGGGAUGAAGGACCAACUUUCAGCUCUGUGUGGAAGUGAGACCACUAACCCUCCGGUACCAAGGAAGUUGCUGUUUCAGUGUCACCUUUGCCUUACUCAACCAAAGAGAUUGUGGGAUCGAAUUGUAAUAUAAAAUAGAGACCACAUAUUACAUAUAGACAGGUAUUUAAUUUAUUCCUGUCCUUUUUUGUUGUUUCUAAUAUAUUUGUUUUUCGGUUGGUCAUGAACUUAAUGGCACCAAAUUUGUAUUUUCAUAUACUACAAGAUGAUAAUGUUUUAAUGAUGUGUGUCUAUGGGUGGGGAAAUGAUUAUGAAUGUAAAUUGAUGACUAACUUAUAAUACCUUGUGGAUAUUUGCAGUGCAAUGUAGAGAAGUAAACUUUCUUUGAAGUUGUAGCUCUUCAUAGCUUUCCGAUUCUGAAAUAGAAGUAUCAUUAAACACCUAUUCCAUUCCUCCAA